GGAGUCAGAAGUAGGAGGGGGGCUCUAGAGGAGAUAAUUUGCUGCUCUGUUCCCAGUGUGUGUUGGAUGGAGAGAAAGUGCUCACAAAGAAGAAAGUCCAAUCAUUUGGCCAAACAGCCUCCCAUGCCCUUCCCCCCAGCAGAAGCUUGAAAUUGCCUGUCUCCUCCCUGAAGGAUGUCUGGCUCCAUACACCCUGGCCCUUGGUGAGAGUAUUGACAGUCGUCACUCUCAGAAGAAGCUUGUAAUUGAGCCAUACUCUGAGUAACUUGUGCAAACAUCCCUGUGGGGAUGUCGGUGACUGCACCACGACUUCCUGCUGCCACGUCUGCAGGAGGUGAGCAGCUCAGUUGAUAAACAGAAAGAAACUUUGUUACCAAGAGGCCACCUGGCCAGCAAGGGUGUGUUCUGGGUGGUUGACCCUGGCUUUCACAAAAGCCAAGACUUUGCCUGGCUCUUACGGUUUUGGCAUCUUUAAAGCAUUUGUAUCCCUGAGGAGGAAGAGGGCAAACACCAGGGAGGGAGUCUAAGAAUGGAGCAUUAGGAGACCCAGGAAAGCAAUCCUCUCCCAGGCUCAGGGGGGCUGUGAUCGGUCCCCAAAGUUCCCACUGUGACUCUAAAGGGGAGGUAUAAGUGGUAAACAGAACAGUGGCCUGGGAGUUGGGAGACCAGGUUCUGCUCCUGGGAACCACUAGCUGUGUGUCAUGAGAGAAGUCACUAACCCCUCUAGCCUUACCCAUAAAAUGAGGGCACUGGACUCAGAGACCUACUCAAAAUGCAAGCCACCAUACGUGCAGAAUAUCCUAUAACUCAAGUACUUGUAGUAAGUGCAUUCAGAACGUCAUUUAGUGAAACCAAUGCUUACCUUUGAACCCCUCUGGCCCCAUCUUAUCUAACAAGAUUUAUAGAAAGUUGGGUGUGGUGGCUCAUGCCUGUAAUCCUAGCACUGUGGGCUGCCAAGGCAGGAGGAUCACUUGAGCAUAGGAAUUCAGACCAGCCUGAACAAGACCCCCUCUCUACUAAAAAUAGAAAAAUUAGCUAGACGUGAUGGUGGGCACCUAUAGUCUCAGCCACUCAGGAGGCAGAGGCAGGAGAAUUUCUUAUACCCAGGAGGUUGCUAUGAGCUAGGCUAAUGCCACAGCACUCUAGCCUGGGCAACAAAGUGAGACUCUGUCUCAAAAUAAUAACAAAGAGUUUAUGGAACACCUACUACAUACAAAGUUUGUACUAGAAUUUGCAAGUGAUAAACAAUGGGUUAAUUUCAAGCAAUGUGGCCUUUCUGGUCCAAGAGUUCAUAAUCACAUGAAGGAGUCAAGGCAGGCUGUGAUGAGGCUGGAGUACACAUUAAAAGGUGCUCAAGGGGCAGAGCCAGGGAGAGACUAAUUCUGCUAGGAGAUCUGAGAAUGGUUCUUGGAAGAGACUAGGUGCUAAAAUGGAGGAAUUGGCCUGCAUCACUGGCUUUCAAACUUCUAUGACCAGACCAAGGUCAGAAAGACACUUUACCAUAAGGUCUAGUACCCACCUACGUGUGACAGGUAACCCAGAAGUCUUAGGGCAGCCUUCUACAUUAAUCAUAUUAGAAGUAUAAAUCUACAAACUAACAAAAAACAUCAUUUGAGAAUUUAGUUAUUUAAACUUCUUUUACCUUUAUUUAGUUGCAUGAAUUUUGUUUUGUUUUGUAUUGAGACAGAGUUUCACUCUGUCACCCUGGGUUGACUGCCAUGGCGUCACAGCUCACAGCAACCUCAAAUUCUCACACUCAGCCAAUCAUAUUGCCUCAGCCUCCCGAGUAUCUGGGACUACAGAUGCCCACCACAAUGCCCAGCUAAGUUUUCUAUUUUUAGUAGAGAUGGGGUCUCCAUUUUACUCGGGCUGGUCUCCUGAGCUCAGGUGAUCCACCUGCCUCAGCCUCCCAGAGUGUUAGGAUUAUAGGCGUAAGCCUCUGUGCCUGGCCUAGUUGCAUGAAUUUUGAAUAACAAAUUUUUAAUUUUGAUAUUGUAGCAGGCAAUAUUUAUCAUCUUUGGUAGACUAAAAACAGACGUUACAACAAAAAUUGAUUAUUCAAAAUUUGUGCAACUUAAUAAAGGUAAAAGAAUUACAGGUAGUAUUUUCCAUUAAUGUUCUUUAUUAUGUAUGUAGAGUUUAUGCUUCUGAAGUUAUUAAAGCUUAAACCUGCACUAAGACUUUUGAUAGACUUUUUAUAUAAAUAAUACCUGACCCUAGACGAAGGACCCAAGAGGUUUUUCCGACGUGGGUCUUCCCCUUUGCCAGAGGCUCUGGUGCUUUUUAUUUUUUUAACUGCUUCUGUAUUCCUUUCUGUCUAAUAAAAUCCUAUCUUAUUGAUGAAAAAAAAAUAAAUAAUAACCAAAUUAAAAUUUUAACAAAACGAUACCUGUAUUUUAUGAGACUCACUUUGAUACUUUUUCAUUCUAUUCUGGUUGUCUCUUAAAUAAUUGUUUUCAUGCCGAUUUACAAUCCUAUAAAUUUUUUUUAUGGUACUAUAAUGGGGUGUAUUGGGCAGUUUGGUAAAAUACACUUCACUGGGCUAGGUGAAGCUCGGUUCCUUGGCCAGUGGGGCCAAGGUUCAGUCUGAGAAAGCUUCCCAGAGAAAGAGGAUUUCUUGAAUCAUCUCAGUAUCAAAACCAAGAUAGUCUGAUGAGUUGCUGGCCCAAGGGUGGCUGAAGGGGAAAGAUAGGAAUGAAUGCUCCGCAGCAGCAGGAGAGAAGUGAGUGGAUAAGGACCAAAAGGCCUGGCCACAGGAGCCCAGUGGAAGGGAGACCCACAGGACAGCAGGGCAUGGAGCCCUGUGAAGCUCUGCACUUGACAAAGCACUACAGUGGGGCUUUGGAGCAGGGGGGCCUCCUGGACCUUGUUAACCACACUGUGGGGAAUCUGCUCCCACAUAGGGAGCAGGAAUCCUUAAUCCCAAAGUCCUGUGACUUCACUGGAUUCUGUGUCUUUUCUAAGGGACCCUUUCCUGUUCCUGUUGCCUGCAGUGAGCAAACGAGAGAGCAAGUCCCUCACCACCAGGGCUACUCACAGAUGUGUCACUUCGUUUCAGGAUAUGGUCAGUACAUUGAAGAACUUCAGGUUUCAUGAAGAAAGUAACAGCCAGGUUGGAUUGAGAGAGGAGAUGAACUCAUUUUAACCUGAGGCCUCUUUCUCCAAGGGAAAUAAAAGGAGCAAAGACAAGCCCCACUGCUUGGGACUAUAAGGCAGUGCCGGGACAAGGGAGGUGAAGGACCUGGGCGAUUCUGAGUGCAUCAGUCAGGGAGGCCUUCCUGAAGGAGGCUGAGGCUCCAAAGUGUGGCCAUCACGACAUAGAAAGCUAUUUCUAGGGUCGGGCCCAGGACUCUGGAGCUGACCUGACAGGGGUCCCCACUGGUUCUGGAGGAUGAGGCUCCUCCGCAGACGCCACAUGCCCCUGCGCCUGGCCAUGGUGGGCAGUGCCUUCGUGCUCUUCCUCUUUGUCCUGCAGAGGGAUGUAAACAGCAGGGAGCAAGCCACAGAGAAACCAUGGCUGAAGUCCCUGGUGAGCCAGAAGGAUCAUGUCCUGGACCUCAUGGUGGAGGCUGUGAACAACCUUAGAGAUUCAAUGCCCAAGCUCCAAAUCAGGGCUCCAGAACCUCAGCAGACUCUGGUCUCUGCAAACCAGUCCUGCCUCCCUGGAUUCUAUACCCCAGCUGAGCUCAAGCCCUUCUGGGAACGGCCACCACAAGACCCCAAUGGCCCCGGGGCAAAUGGGAAAGCAUUUCAGAAGAGUGAGUGGACCCCCCAGGAGACCCAGGAAAAGGAAGAGGGCUAUAAGAAGCACUGCUUCAAUGCCUUUGCCAGUGACCGGAUCUCCCUGCAGAGAGCCCUGGGGCCAGACACCCGACCCCCUGAGUGUGUGGACCGUAAGUUCCGGCGCUGUCCGACCUUGCCCACCACCAGCGUCAUCAUUGUGUUUCACAACGAAGCCUGGUCCACCCUGCUGCGAACAGUGUACAGCGUCCUACACACCACCCCCGCCAUCUUGCUGAAGGAGAUCAUACUGGUGGAUGAUGCCAGCACUGAGGAAUACUUAAAGGAGAAGCUGGAGCAGUAUGUGCAGCAGCUGCAGGUGGUGAGGGUGGUGCGGCAGGUGGAGCGGAAGGGGCUGAUCACUGCCCGGCUGCUGGGGGCCAGCGUGGCCCAGGCGGAAGUGCUCACGUUCUUGGAUGCCCACUGCGAGUGCUUCCACGGCUGGCUGGAGCCCCUCCUGGCGCGGAUCGCUGAGGAUAAGACAGUGGUAGUGAGCCCAGACAUUGUCACCAUUGACCUUAACACUUUUGAGUUCUCCAAGCCCAUCCCAAGGGGCAGAGUGCAUAGCCGUGGCAACUUUGACUGGAGCCUAACCUUCGGCUGGGAAACUCUACCUACACAUGAGAAGCAGAGGCGUAAGGAUGAGACCUACCCCAUCAAAUCCCCGACGUUUGCUGGUGGCCUCUUCUCCAUCUCCAAGUCCUACUUUGAGCACAUCGGUACCUAUGAUAAUCAGAUGGAGAUCUGGGGAGGGGAGAACGUGGAAAUGUCCUUCCGGGUGUGGCAGUGUGGGGGCCAAAUGGAGAUCAUCCCGUGCUCUGUAGUAGGCCACGUGUUCCGUACCAAGAGCCCCCACACCUUCCCCAAGGGCACCAGUGUCAUUGCUCGCAAUCAAGUGCGCCUGGCUGAGGUCUGGAUGGACAACUACAAGAUGAUUUUCUACAGAAGAAAUCAGCAGGCAGCAAAAAUGGCCCAAGAGAAAUCCUUUGGUGACAUUUCUGAGCGACUGCAGCUAAGGGAACGAUUACAUUGUCGAAACUUUUCCUGGUUCCUGAACAAUGUCUACCCAGAGAUGUUUGUUCCUGACCUGAUGCCCACCUUCUAUGGAGCUAUCAAGAACCUUGGCAUCAACCAAUGCCUGGAUGUGGGUGAGAACAACCACGGAGGGAAGCCCCUCAUCAUGUACUCCUGCCAUGGCCUUGGCGGCAACCAGUACUUUGAGUAUACAACCCAGAGGGACCUUCGCCACAACAUAGCAAAGCAGCUGUGUCUACAUGCCAGUGUGGACACUCUGGGCCUUCGGAGCUGUCACUUCACUGGCAAAAAUAGCCAGGUCCCCAAGGACGAGGAAUGGGAAUUGACCCAGGAUCAACUCUUCAGGAACUCAGGAUCUGGUACAUGCCUGACAUCCUUAGACAAUAAGCCAGCCAUGGCCCCCUGCAAUCCCAAUGACCCCCACCAGCUAUGGCUUUUUGUCUAGGACCAAGGUCAUCCCCCAAGGAAGCCCCCAAAAGCCUCUCAGGAAACAGGAUUGCUGAUGUCUGGGAACCUGAUUGCCAGUUUUGCUGUAGGACUUAAAGAUGGGUUUCUAAUCCCAAUGGAUGUCAAGACAGAACUUUUCUGCUCCUUGGAACAACAGUGGACUCUUUUCUUUCCUCCACACUGAUGGAAGAGAUCAUUAGCACAAAUGAUGCUUGGUCUAGGGCUUUCCCUCUGUCCUGGCCUCCAAAGCAGAGGAGGCAGCUGGAGGAGGGCCCAGAGCGCAAUGCUGAGCUCAAGAAAAGUACUUCUGUAGACACGUCCUGAAUCCCUGGUCAUCCAGAGCAACUGCAGAAUCUAGUGAAAUGGUGUAUUCUCACAGAAGAAUUAGAGGUCCAGGAGAGCCUGUCUUGCUCAUAUUACCCAAAAUUUGUGGAACUGUCUACAGAAAGCUCCAUAACGGGUUCUUUAGCCACACUGUGAGAAAAACAGGUCAAGAACAAUUGUGCCCCUUUUACAGAUAAGAAAACUGAGAGAGAAGUGAAAGAGCUUACUUAUAGUCCCACAGCCAACAGAUGGCUAUAGCUGAGACCAAGGCUUAAUUUGCAAUGCUGAAACAGGGCUCCUUCCACCACAACACAAGAACACUAGACAACCAGCCAGCAGCCGUCCCGUCCCCUCUGCCUUCUGCCCUCAUCAUUUCUAGCCGCUGGCCUCCAUAAAGCCUAGAGCCAUGGAGCCAGGUAGCCAUUGGGGCCAAGAUCACAAUUGGGAAUCCUGGGAUGUUAGUGUUGAAAAAAGCUGCUAGAACCAGUGAGACCCAAGUUUAGGUCCCGGAACCCUUUUCUCAAAACCCCAUACAAUAGGUAGAUAAAAAGCAAAGUAGCGUGAGUGAACUUGAGGGAGGAAUGGGCAAUGCCCUCUGGUCCUGAACUAAGUCUAUAAGCACUAUGUGAAAACUGUUGUUUUAGUCCAACCCUAUCAUUUACCUAUUAUCAACCCAAGACCAGAUAAGUGAAUUUGUCCAAGGUCGCUCAGCAAGGUGUUGGCAACCCUGAGGACUCAGAUAAGGCUAACAAGAGCCCUGGAGAGUCUGAGGGAGCAGCGAAAGCACACUGACUGGAUGACCCAUCCCACUGCUGUGCUUCUGUGAAGCCUCUCUGUGCAGCAGACCGGGUGUGAAUACCAGCUCCGCUAGCUCAGGGACUCACAAAGGACAAAAACUCUGUCCAGGAAGGCUGCUUUUGACUUUUAAUAGCAAGCUGUCACCGCAUGAGGGCGCCAUGGAGUGCCGCUGCCUCCUGCACCCAUGCAGUUCAGGAGGCUUCCAGAUCCUAAAGAGGACACAUUCAGAGGAAGCCUAGCCAAAGGGAAAGGAAAGAAUGACCGGGGUGUGACCUGGAGAAAGGAACAGUUCAUUCCCAGAAAGAAAAGGGAAUUGGACAAGGGAUCCUAGUGGAAAUAAAGAUUUUAUGGCAUUGGUAA